AUGGUAGUCCUGCACUUGUGGACCCAUUUCGUUGGCGUUUAUUUGCACCGGAACACGGAUCGACUCGGCCGAUCCGCUUUCCUGUCCGCCCGGAAUGCCACCGAAGCCGAACACUCGGCCGAGUUCCAGAGCAAUCGAUUGGUGGGUUUUGGGAACAGGGUAUUCAAGGGAUGAUUUUGGGGAGAAGGGUGGAGAAUUUGUUGUGAGGCGACGCGGUCGCGUAGCAGAUGUUGAUUUUCAAUCGAUAUUUAUGACUUUUAAUGACUUUGUUCAUUAAACAACUGUAUAUGGCAAAUUUGAUUAACAGUCCUCUUAUCCAUGAACCUUUUCCGGAUCCGGAAACCAAAAAUUUAUAGAAAGAAUGAGUUGGGACGCGGCGCGGUCGCGUAGCGGCUUUCAAAAAAUCUUUCAAAAUAGGCCUGAGAUGAUAUAUUUUCGUGGUAUCACGGAAAAUUUGGUCAGAACUUUCUAAACUUCCCGAAACCUUAUUUUUUUUCAAAAAAACCGCUGCCUAGUCCAUAGAAAAGCGAUAUCGUUGACGACACAGUGACCAACUCGCAAAAAUGUUAGCGCGUCUCGCAUUUUUGCAGGCGCGAUAUCGCGUUUGUCUCGCUUUUCUCACGCACUCGAAAAGGUGGUGUGAAAGGUCAGAAUAAUAAGAUGUCGCGCCUAGAAAAAUACAAUGUCGCGGGUAGUAAAAUGCGAUGUCGCGCUUAGGAAAACGCGAAAUUGUGUCCAGAAAAAUGCGAUUUCGCGUCCAGAGAAAUGCGAUGUCGCGGGUAGUGAAAUGCGAUGUCGCGUCUAGAAAAAUGCGAUGUCGCGCUUAAAAAAAUGCGAUGUCGCCUCUAGGAAUAUUUGAGACCCGCGCGAGGACAGAGCAACGUAUUUUGCGGGUUCGUAACCGCAAGCGAUGUCGCCUUAUCUCGGCAGUUAUUCUAAGUGGACUUUGCUUUUUGAGAUCACCUGACCCUCGAAUAAUUAUUUGUUCUCGGGAAAGGAUUGAAAGUUGAUACGAUUCUCUAGGAAAUAUACCUUCUUGCACUGGAUUUGGGAUGUAAUCUAAUUUCGAUUGAAAGAAAAAAAUUGGAAUUUUUUUGAGAGCUGCUUUUUUUGUAAAAAAAUUAAUCAAGAUAAGUAAUUUUUGAAAAAGAGCUUUAGGGAAAUCGAUACUCAAUAGGUUUGUAUUCGUAAAAUUAAAGCGGCUGAGAAAUACGACUUGAAGCUCCAAAUUAGGCUUUUUCAACUCUUUUUAGGCUGAGUAAAAUUGAGAUCCUUUAAAAAAUUUUGUCCAAAAACUGUUUCUAAGCCUUUUUUUUUCUGUGAACCGACACUCCAUCAGAGUGCUCGAAGUAACAGUCAAAACAACUCCAAAAAGUUUCAGAAAUAUUGAAUUCCUUAAAAGAAAGUUGUGACCGAAAAUUCGUUCUUUUCGUAUAUUUCUGACGGUACUGUAUAAUACCAUUUGACAAUUGAUGGGUUCUUUAAAAAUUUAUAUAUUCGUUUUGGCUUUUAAUCAUAUUUCUUAAUGAACUAUAUAAAUUGGAAGAAGGUGUCAAAAGUGUCCCAACGGAAAAAUCUAAAUAUUUGUUGAAGUUGGAAGGUUGUUUUGUGUGUGUCUCUGUGUGUCAAAGCAUCACGACGCCGCUGUGAAAUGAAGCCACUGACUGGCGGAGUCGAAUUUCCCGCCAAAUCUACCCGAAACCCACCGAAAAGCAACGACUUCGUCGUUCCCCUUUUGUUUGAGUUUGAGUGUUCCGAAAUUUGUCCCGGAAAACUCGAAAAUUAAGACGAGGGACUGAGAUUUAUUGAAUGAUUAGAAGGUAGAACUAGAAAUGAAUUUUCAACUGAACGGAGUGACGGAAGGAAGGUCAUUUUACUUUGGGAUCGGGAAUUUCAUGAAAAUUGGUCAGAACACUCCGUGAUGAACCAGAUGAAGGUCCUGAAACUUUCAACCUGUAAAACUUCCUAUUUUUCGAGAAAAUAAGGGCUCAAAGUCCGAAAACGGCCUAUUUUGAGGAGUUUUGGACGGUUUCCUUCCCUCGAAAACUGGAAAGUUGUGAAGAUUGAGCUUUUCUGUAUCUUCAUCUGGUAUAACUAGAAAUAUUCUGAAAAUUUUUUAGAAAAAUCCCUACCACAACGGAAAAAGACCUACUUUGGAAGGUAAAAUCAGAGCAGGGGUCGAAAAAAAUGACGUCAUAUCACUUAUAAAUUAUAUAUUUUAACUCGAAUGAGGGAUUUUAAUUUUAGCGUUUCAGGGAAAAAGCUUAAAAAAUCUGAAAACAUAUUUAAUAUAACUGAAUGAUAGAUUUGCAUGAAAAAAAAACGAUCUUCUCAAACAAAAGUUUCGGAGCACCCCGUUUAGCUACAAAUGCCUAUUAAUGCACUUAAUCCGUACGCGAUUUCGAAAUGGUCCAUUUCCGAAUAUCACCAUUUCCUACAGUUUUAUCCUGAGCUGUUACGGUAGCUAAAAGAAGACUUUUUUUUUGACUGGUUUCCGGGGUGUGCACGCCAUCCAGGUCAAACGCGGGGUGCACCGAAAAAAUCAACGAAAAUUUCACUUUUUUUUCCGGGGUUUCACGGCGCGUUACCCCUCACUGUUCUAAAGAAAGGUUUACAAAAUUUGAAAACAAUGCCUCUCUUUCCAGAACCGCCUUUUGUCGUCCUUCCUGCCCCUUCACAUGAUAACCCAAGCUCGACAUCAAAUCACACUUUAUACACCUCAUUUGUACACCGAAACGUAUCCACAGGUUAGAUUUCCAUUUUAAAAAUGAUAUAUCCUCAAGGCAUACAAGAAAAAAGGGAAGAAAAUUAAGAAGAAAAUCAGGAAAUUGUUAAAGUCGAUAUUUUUUCCCUUUCAAUAUAUUUGGCCACUCCUAAAAGUCAAAAAGGUCCUUCCUGACCGAAUUUCAAAUCUUUUCCAGGUUACUGUAGCUUACGGUAGACUUCUCGGCUUCGAAUCGGUACUGUCGCAGUGCUCUUCCAUCGAUGCUGCCAGGGUUUUGAAGGUUCCUUUUAUCUUUUUUUUUCUGUAAAAUAUUUUAUGUCUCGAAAGAUACUAGGAAGUUUAUUGAUUGAUGAGGUAGUUAGUCUUUGGCUUCCCACUAUCAAAAAUUUUCAAAAAACCCUUAGUUGGAUCGCGACCGGGAUCGAACUUGUGACCCUGUGGACCUUAGACAGGCACGCAGAUUGUUGCGCAACAAAGCGUUAAUAAAAAAACUUCCUUAAGCGUUUAAAAUUAUAAUGUUGCCAAUUUUUCCGACAUUUUUUUACUCAUUAGUCGUAAAUCAAAAUGUUUUCUGCAAACGCCAUGCGCUUUAUCCCACGGCAAAAUUGAACACGGCAUCACAUUUUCCCAUUUUUUUCUUUUCCAAAGUUUUUUUUUAAAUAAAACUCGUUUUUCUAAUUUUUGUGAAAAUUCCUUUCGAAGUUCCUUUUAGUUUCUAAAGUGUUUUAUUCAAGUCUUGUUUAAUUCAAGGGAAACUUCGAUGGUAUGAAAAAAAAGCCAGGGAAAUUUCAUAACGCGGCUUUUCCGAUUUUUUCGUAUUGCUAGGGAACUUUCCGACGGCCACCUUUCCGCCGAUUUUUCCGACUUUUCUCCCUUAUAUUUUUUUGGUUUAUAAAACCUAUCAACUUUUUUUCUUAUUUCGUUGUGUUUUUAAUCAUAUAUAACUUGCCUACUUUAUAUAGGAAGAUUUAAAACAAAGAUUUUAUCAAGAAAAAAAGUCGGAUAAAAAAAUCGGCGGAAAGGUGGCCGUCAGAAAGUUCCCUAGCGAUAUGAAAAAAUCGGAAAAGUUGCCGUUUGAAUUUUCGCUGGUGUUUUUUUUCGUACCACCGAAACUUCGUUUUGAAACAAUCCUAGGCGUGUUACUACUAUAUAUAAAUUAUGCAUUGCUCUUCAAGGUUUUUUUCGGGUCUCUAAUCAAAAAGUACUUAUCAUUAUUUUUCUGUUUUUCUUUCUUUUGGCCUUGUUAUUUCCAGAAUAAAAUUCGAUUUCCAGGAGCUCGAAGUUCGGAUCGACAGGCUUAUCGCUGCGAAUGGAUGCGUUAGAGUUGCCUCGGAGGGAAUUACGGCGAUUUGUUCGGUUCCUGGAAUCGAUUCCCAACACGCCGUCAAACUUUGUCGUUUCGCCCUGGAACUUGAGGCUCUUGUUAGGUUAAUUUUUUUGGGUUUUAUUAAAGAAAAAAAAUGCUUUUUUUCAAAACUUUUCCAUGUUAGUUGGGCCAGAAAAAUCGAUAUUCUCUCCAAAUUUUUUUCUCUUAAAUUUGGAAAAUGGUUCAUUUUAGGCAGUUAAAAAAAACAUAUUUUUUUGAAUCGUUUAAUUUCUUGAAAAAGCCUAGGGAUUUUUUUAUGACUUUGUUUUUCGAGAUGUUUCAAGAAUUCUAGUCUUUUUUUGCAUGUGGGUUCUAAAAAAAGGGUCAUUUCAGCUUCAAAAAAAUGAAGUUUCAAGAAUUUUUAGGAAGGAAAAACUGGCUGAGAAAUUAAAAUAUUAUCAGUUUUUGACAAGAACAAUCAAAGAAAAUAAUAAUCUCGAUUGGAAAAAUGAAAAAAACUGAAUUUGAACUGAUUUUUUGCAGAUCUUUUCGCGAUUCGACCGGAGCCGAUGUUACUGUUUCAGUGGGAAUUGAUAGGUAAGAAAAUUUUAUAAUUUUUUGAUAAGCUCAAAAUGAAUUCUGAUGUAUUAAUUUUUACUAUUUGGAUAAAAAAACGUUUUCAAGUAAAAAAAAUAGAGAAUUCCAAAAUACCGUAACCCUGUCCUUCAAGUGGCCCAAUCGCGGCGGGAGUCGUCGGCUCGACCAAAUGGCACUAUGACGUCAUCGGACCGACGAUCGACAACGCGAUUCUGCUGCAGAGCAACGCGGCCGGAGAGUGAGUGACGACCGCGACGCGUCAAUCAUGCGUCGCGGCUUUCCUGUUUCAGAGGCGUCUACGUCACCAACGAGGCGAGGCGACUGAUCGGCGCCGAUUUCGAGGUGGAAAGUGCCCGGGUCGGCUGGAGACUCCGCUGCAGUUUGCCCUGCUCUGAGAUGUUCCCCAUCAAUAAGAGGUUAUUUUCUCAAGGGAAAGUGCGCUCGGAUGAUAAAAAGAAGGAAUAAAAUCAGAAUUUUAUGUCGAAAGUUCAAAUGGAGCUCCUCAGUUUUUUUUUUAUUUAUAGCGUCUCUUGUUACUCCAUUUUAUGAAUCAACUUUCAUUUUCUUCAACUGAAAAUUUUUAGUGGCCACCAUAGGGUUCUGCCGUUUUAGUGGCCACUAUAGAGGUCUAAGGGCUACUUCUAGACCAUUAAAAAAUUUAGUGGCCACUCUAGGGGACAAUGGAUCAACAUAACGGGUUCAAUCAGUUUUUUUUUUAAUUAUCAGAGUUACUGGAAGGAAUACUGAAUGAAAAAAUACUGAAGUGGCCAUUAUAGAGGUGGGUUUAGUGGCCACUUUAGUGUACUCUCUAAGUAGUCCUUAGGAAAUAUUAGGUUAACCAGGGAAUGCUCUCAGCUCACAGUGGGACUUCUGAAUUAGACCAUGUUUUCUAGACGUAGUUUUUCACGCUCCUUCCAAAUCUAGUCUCAAAAGCUCCCAUAUAUGUCUGUGAAAAAAGUUAUGGACCCUCAAAAGUCGAAAAUUUCAUACUAUCCGAUAGAGCUGGUCAGACCCGAGGCACUCUGCUGGAAAAAAAUGAGGAAAGAGAGAAAUUUGCUAUGCUUUGAAAUGACUACAAUUAAUAAUAGGACUUUUUUCUGACUGGGGAAAGUGCGCUCGGAUGAUAAAGAAAAAUAUUGACCUUGGUAACGAGAACCGGACGCGCUACGGACGAUUCUCGGCAUUCCUAGGGAUCACUUAAGAGUACGGACGCUACUAGAGUGGUCACUAGAAAGUCCCCCGACACGCCCGCCCAAUUUCCUCCGGUUGACGUUACCAAAGUCCGAGAACAGAAUAGAAAAAUCACUUUCGAGUUGUGAACAUUUUGAGCUUCACUGGGAAAGUUUCUAGUGGCCACUAUAGAGGCUCGCCAAGGACUACUUGGAGAGGACCCUAAAGUGGCCACUAAUCUCACUUCUAUAGUAGCCAUUAUUUUCCGUUUUAGUGACCACUUCUGUAGUUUUUCAUCCAGUAUUUCUUCCAGUAACUCUGAUAGUUUUGAAACAAACAGAUUGGACCAGUUAUGUUGAUUCAUUGACCCUUAAAGUGGCCACUUAAACUUUUAGUGGUCUAGUAGUAGCAUUUAGACCUCUAUAGUGCCCACUAUUUUUUAACCCCUUAAGUGGCCACUAUAUUGACUACUAUAGUGGCCACUAAAACGUCAAAACCCUAUAGGGGCCACUUAAAAUUUUCCCGGCAAGUUUUGUUUUUCAUUACAUAAAGGAAUUUUUUUUUUUCAAGAUUCUUCGAGUUGAAGGUCCAUGAAGCUUUCAAUUUAAAAUCCGAUUUUCACUCUUAAAAUCUUGCAGAUUUUCCCUUGUCACCGUCCCCCAGGCCAUCAACAGAGUCCUCCAAAGUGUCUCGACUUUGGACCCGGCGAAAACCCUCGGAACCAAUAAAAAACGGUUUUCUCUCAUGAAACUGAACAAUUUUGGAUAUUAAUCUUCCCAGGAAGCUGGAGAAAGAACGAGAAACUCUUUUCAUCAACGAGGCAAAAUCCGACGGCUCCACAAUAAUUUCGCUGAUUUCCCAACGGUUUCGCAACGAAAACCUCGAACAGGAGGUUGUAGCCCACUGUAGCCCUACCGUAGCCUUUGAAAAAUAUACCGUUUUUUCAGUACCACAAAGAGAUGGACCAAUGGUUCAUCCCGGCGUUGGCCAUUUCCAUAUUCUUCCUCGUGGUUUACGGUAUCUACCAUAUGCUCGUCAUGCCGAGGUACGGUGGGACGGAGAGAGUGGGGAGAAUUGAGAGAGUGACAGAGAAAGAAAAACGAAUUCUGACAAAUAAGGCCAUCAUUAGAGCUUAAAUCAUCAAUUUUUAAUUUUGGAAGGAUUUUCUAAUAUUGGAAUAGUUUAAGGUGUACUGUAGUGGUUACUGAAGUUGACCGGAAGACCCGAUUUUUUUGAUUUUUCUUCCUUUUUUGGACUUAUUUUUCACUGAGAUCGUUGAAAAUUCCUUUUUUUAUUAAAUCCCGGAAAAUACCGUAAUUUAAGGGUACUGUAGGUCUUAAUGAGCAUAACGACCCGAUUUUUCGGAUUUUUCUACCUUUUUGGACUUGUUUUUCACUGAGAACCUUAAUAAUUUAUUAUUUUCGUAAUUAAAGACCGAAAAUACCGUAAUUCAGGGGUACUGUAGGUCUGGAUCACCAAAAAAAUUUUUUCAUUUUUUGAAGACCUUUAUCCUAACUUUUGCUGUUUCAAAUUUAAGUUAAAAGUUUUUCUUUUUUUAAUUAAAAUCGUUGUUUUUUUAAUGUUAACUUAUUAUUUUUUUAUUGUUUACAACUGAAAAUUACGGUAUUUUUUUAGGCCUAAUGUAGAUAUUUUUUUCAAGUUUUUUUGAUAGAGAUAUCGAGCUAUUCCUAGUGUAUAUCAAGCUGUAAGGAAGAAAAUAUUUUUUUCCGAAAAAAGCUUUUUCUUCAUCUUUUUCUUCCCUUUUCUUGGCUAUUAUCAAGUUUCAGACUGAUUUCAAGCCUCGUUUUGAUCGUUAUCGCCUUGACUUUGAUGUUUUUCAUUCUUCUAAUGCUCUACAUUGACUUUUUCCAUGUUGGUUUUGACCUAAAAUCCAGAAAAAGUCCAAAUUUUCCUCCAGAGCUUCUCCCAAUUCAUCACGAGAACUUCCGCCGGUCAUACUGUAACCAUACUCCUCAUCAUUACUGUACUUUUCCUCUGCGGCGUCGUGAAUACGGUAGGAAUUUCUUGAUAAAAAUUUUUGGGAUCCAAGAAUUUUUAGUUCUCUUGUCCACAGCCAAACGCCUUGGAUGUCUGCCAGAAGGUUGGGACUUUUUUUUUAGAAAGUUUGGGGCUUGUCUGCACUCUCUACCAACCAGACACUGUCUCAUUUUUUAUCGUGUCAGGACCCAUUUUUCGAUGAGAGAAAAUGAGUCGAAAAAGGACGAAGAAAUGAAAUUUUUGACUCCUACGUUUCACGUCUAGUUCAAAAGCUGGCUUUUCAAAAAAUGGGCGAUAUUGUUCCGAUAAAUGUUUGCUUAUAACUCAAAAUAACAUGGCCUCACCUGGAUUAGUUGAUGUUGAACGCGCCCGACUUCAAACGGCUUGCGCUGCACGGAUUUCGAUAGGUCAAGUUUGGUCCGAAUGCGUCGAGCCAUUCCAAGUGCGGCCACAAUCCCGAAAUAUCCCAAAAAAAGCAGAUUUUUUUUUGCAAGAUCCAACCGGUUUAGAAACUAUUUUGGGAAAAAAUUAGAUUUUCAGUGGAAAAUUGAACAGGUUUUGGCGCGAAAAGCUCAUUUUUGAAUUUUAUUCGAAGCCAAAAUCGGUUUUUUAACUGUGAGCCAUUCCAAGUGCGGCCACAAUUGGAGUGACUUAUUUAAUCCCAAACAAAGCAGAUUUUUCUCUUUUCGCAAGAUCCAACUGAUUUAUGCCGUGUUCAAAGUAAUUUCCGCGAAAUGCAAAAUACCCGUUAGAGAAAGGAAAAGAUCACUAAAUUUUGGAGAGUCAGAGAUCAUUUUGCAUUUCGCGGAAAUUACUUUGAACACGGCAUUAGAAACUUGGUCAUUUUUAUCUUUAUCUGAACUAUUUUUGGAGAAAUUCACGAUUUUCAGUGAGUAGUUGAGGAGGUUUUGGCGCGAAAAACUUAUUUUUGAAUUUUAAUCAGAGCAAAAAUCAGUUUUUCCCACUUUGAGCCAUUCCAAGUGCGACCACGGCAUGUCAAGCCGCAAAAAAUGCUGAUUUUUUGCCUUUUUCAGCCUUUUUAACAUGAAAAAAUGCCCUUUGUUUUGUUUUCCUAGAUCCUUUUUUCCAAGAUUUUGGUUUCCAAGAUUAUGCUCGUUAAGAUCUGCAUACACAGACUUACGGUCCUCAAGAUUUGCGGACUUGAAAUUUCGUGGCUGAUUUUGGCUUGAGCCAUCGAAAAAAUGGUCCUGACACGAAAAUGCCGAAAUAGCGCCUGGCUCUUGGAGAGCGCAGACAGGCCACGCCCCCUUAGCGUCCCAAGCUGGCCGUGAAUCAACUAUAAUAUUCAACUCUUGAAUAAAAAAAGAAAAAAAUAAAAUUAUUUUUUUCAAGGCUCACUUCUCGACGUUCUCCUUCGCCAUGUGGAUCAUGACGACGGCGGUUUUCAUCCGUUUCUCGUCGAUUUAUCUGGCCGGCCUUCUCAUCUUGGCCGUUUCCACCUAUGGAGCCCAAAUCUACUUCUCCAGGCCUGGGCCUUUUGGAGCCAAAGAGUUGGUUUUUCGGGGAUUUUUCAGAUUUUUAUUGGCUUCCGAACAGUGAAUAUCAUGAUUCAAAUGAGGUAGGAAGAUUAAAAAGUGGAAAAAUAGCCUCAGAAAAUAGCCUCGCCUUCAUUGUAAAUGUUUUCAGAGAUUUUCCAGUUUUUCUUGAGGAUUUUUAGCUUUUUAUGGGCUUCGGAAUAGUGAAUAUCAUGAUUCAAAUGAGGCUAGUUGUGUAAAAAAAAGUUUUAAUAAAGAAAAUAGCUUUUUCGUAUUUUAGCUGUGUAAAAAAAGCAAAGAAAAGCGCAAUAAAAAUUUUUUAGAAGAAAUUGACUUGAAAAAAGCCUUGAUUUGCCCAAAAUUUCAAUUCUUCUCAGUCCUUGAAGCUAUAAUUUUUUGGUGUUCUACGGAUUUUCACCCGCUUUUUCGAAAUCUCCAGUUAGAAGAAAUUUGAAUGAGUCACUAAUUGCUGAGCUUUACAUCUUUUUGAACCCAAAGCUUUUGAAAUUUCGAGAAAAACCGACAGUUGUGACUGGAUGAGUUGCCGGUUUCACGGAAAUUAUGAAAUUAUGAAAUUCAAAAAAAAAUGAUCUCACAAUGUUUUUUAUUCCGAAUCUGUGGGAAUUCAAAAAAAUUACUGGGAAAUUUUUAGUGGUCACUAAAGGGUUUUGAAGUUUUAGUGGCCACUAUAGUAGUCAAAUUAGUGGCCACUAUAGAGGUCUAACGGCUACUUCUAGACCACUAAAAAUUUUAGUGGCCACUUUAGGGGUCAAUGGAUCAACAUAACUGAUCCAAUAUGUUUUUUUUUAAAUUAUCACAGUUACUGGAAGGAAUAUUGAAUGAAAACCACUGAAGUGGCCACUAUAGAGGUGAGUUUAGUGGCCGCUUUAGUGUUCGUUCCAAGUAGUCCUUGGCGAGCCUCUAUAGUGGCCACUAAAAUUAGUGACAGUCUGAUAGAUUAUGAUCUUUUGAGAGAGAAAAAUUAGGAAGUUCAGAUUUGUGGAAGAAGUUGAUUUGACGUGCUACCUUUGCACCCUGGCUGUGAUGGUCUACCUGCAAGUCCGACGCUGUGAGAAGCUCCUGAGGCUUGACUUCCUGGCUGUCGUCAAAGUUGGUACCGAAGAAAAAAAGAGAUUUCAUGGUAACAUUCUGGGAGAAAAGGCCCCAUGGGGGAAACAUUAGAGGCUCUUGGAUGUUCCACACUAGGGAAUACUUUGCCGAAACCUAUAGGGGCCACUGAAGCUUGCAAAAGGGUUCUUGAAGGGGUUUUAGUUGGUGAGCUCUAGGGGACAUGCUAGUCGAUAAUUUUUAUGAGAUCUAUGAGUUUUCACCUCUCUUUGGCUAGCGAAAAAGAUGAAAAAUUUUAAGCUCUAUGGACAGAUUUUGUGUGCUCUAUUGAGAAUCUAAGGGGCUUUAGGCUUUAAAAGAAAAAAUUUGCGGAGAAAAGACACUACAUUUUAAUUUUGUGCAAUGGACAGGUUUAAUGUGCUCUAUUGAGAAAUCGAAAGUUUUACCGUUCAAAAAAAUAGACUUUUUUAAAAGAGCCACAAAAAUUCGAACUUGUGCGCUCUAUAGCCAAUUUCAAAACGUCUCGGACAUUGGUAACGGGAAACGGACGUGCUCCGGACGUUUCUGCGCGAUACUAGGGAUCACUUAAGAGUUCUGAGGCUACUAAAUUGGCCACUAGAAAUGCCCCGACACGUCCGAUUCGCGUCCCGUUCGCGUUACCAAGGUCCGAGAUUGAAAAUCAUCUGAUCUCCUAAAUUCUUCGAAAAAGGUCUCUGACCAGUUCUCAGCUUCUCAAAACGUCUUGCGAUUUCACAACACCAUUUGCACUUCUUUUUCGACUACCCGCCGCAAUUUCCGGACGUCGUGAUUGAUUUGAAAAGCAAACUGCGGACGGACAAGUGUUGCCAACACACCCCGAGGUCCACUGUGUAACUUUUUGAGGCGAAAAGUGAAAUCAGCGGAUCCGGGAGAGAAAAAAACCGGCGAUCCAUCAUACUUUCCGGUUGAUUGAUGUCCCGGAAAAUAAGGGGGUGUUGGGGGACUUUUCGUACUUGUUUGAGGGUUUUUAGAUGUAUCCUUACUAGGGAACGUUUUUUAGAGAUCCAUAGGGCUGACGGCCCGGCCCUCUCACAAGCACCCUGAUACUGCUAUAAAUAAAUUUUCUAAUGAAUUUUCAAGUUUUGAAUGACUGAAAAGGCCAUUUUCUUCCAGGGAAUGGAAGAAUCGCUGGCCAAAGACAAGUUCAUCAUGCUCAACAACCAGAUGUUGCUGAACUUGGUGCCGAUUCACGUGGCGCCGGCGGUCGUCGCCAAAAAUGGAGACCUCUGGCAUCAUGCUCAUCAUUCCGGUCAGUUUGAGAAAUUGUAAAGUGCGGACGGUUGACAAUUUGAAGGUUUAAUGAAGAAACAAAGAUUUAUUUAGCACAGUUUCCACGGUUCUGAUGGAUUUUAGGCUUUUAAGUCUAGAAUAAUUACCAAAAAUUCAAGUCAAAGUAGGUUUUUUUUGAAGGAAAAAGAGAUUUUUGUAGCUUUUUAGAUGAAUUUUAGGCUUGUAAAGUGCGGUUUUUCAACAAAAAUCGAGGUUUUUUGUAUAAAGAUACUUGAAAAAUUGUUUUUAUUAAAGCCUAGUUUCCAUGUUCUUGGUUUUUUUAAAGUGCGGACGGUGAUAUCAAAAAAAUAGAAUUUUUUUGAUUUUUGAGAAGUUUCAAAAGUUGGUCUUUGAGGGUUCUUUUUGAAAGUUUUAAAAAGCUUUAUUUAGAGUUAUUUUUAAGUGAGAAGCUUUGCAGAUGCUUGUAAAACACGGGCGGUUUGAAAAUUAAGAUUAGAAGGCUGAUUUUUCAGAGCAAAUCAUGCUCGAUCGUGAUUUUCAUUCCCUUAGGUAGAUAAAAAUAGAAUCGAAACAUAAAAUUCACUAGAUUUAAUUUGAAGUAUCAAUUUUUUUGAUAUAAGAACUUGAAAUAAUAUUGUUUCUCCAGUGGGAAUCGCCUACCUGGCUGUUUCCGGGUUCGAUCUGCAAGGCGAGGCCGGAAUCAACGGACUGAACUUUGUCUUCUCCUACUUUGAUCAGGUUACUUUUUCGGAUGAUCCAUCAAUAGUCUCGGGAAGAUUUCCUUGCAAUCAACUCAGAAAUUUAUUUCGUCUCACUUCGCGUACUGUAGGCUGAAUUUGUGCACACACCGAUCCUGGUUUUGGAAAAUAAGUAGAAAAAUCUAGAGCAUCUAGAAAGUUAGGCACUACAGAGUGGUCCCUAUAGGGGCAACAUUCAAGGUUCUUAAACGUCCCCUCAAGGGACUUGAAAAAGUGGCCCCUCUAGGGAACAUCAUAGUCGGUAUUUGUUAUGGACUUAAUGGGCCCUUUGAGGUUCCCCUCUAGGAAUCACUUUGCCAAGCCCUAUAGGGUCCAUUAAAGCUUCCAAAAUUGGCCCCUUAUAGGGGACAUCCUAGUCGACAAUUGUUAUAAGCUCUGAGCGAAGAAGCACUUUCAUGAGAAAAAUUAAAUAAAUAAGCGUUUUUAAAGGGAAUUGAAAGAUCCCUGAAUGACCCACUUGAGCUCUAGGGGCUAAGGCUUGAGACCCCUAUAGGGACCACUUUUUCGGUCCAUUUUAGGGUUGUUACCGCUCCCCCUAAUCCCCAUAGGGACCACUCUGGAAUUGCUAAGAAGAGAAGCAGAUGCUAAACAGUUGAAAAUGUUGCCCAAAAUUGAAAAAAAAAACGUCUUUUUUGAGGCAUUUUUCAGCUUGCUCGAGUUUUUUUUUCUACAGAACCCUUCCCUUCAAAUGCGCCUGGCUUUUUUCUGUCCAUGCGCCUUUAAUUUUAAGGGAAUUUGAGACCACAUAGAAUGCGCAAGAAUGAGCUAUAGCCCAUUCCAGCUUUUCACGAUUUUUAGGUCCCUCCGGACUUUAGAAACCUUCCGGGAAGCUUCCCUUGCGCGGUGUGUUUCUGUGUUUUUAAAAAUGGCUAAAAUGCCCAAAUAUGGUCAAAUGAAUAAAAAAAAAUAGAUUUUCAAGAAAAAAGAAAAAAUAUAUCAUGAGAAACGGGAUUUUUCCAGACGGUUGCCAACUACAAAGGCGUCGAAAAAGUCAAAAACGCGAACCGAUUCUACGUUGUCGCGGUCGGAUUGCUACCGGAUGCUGGUCAAAAUGUUCGCUUUUUAAAGAUUUUCCAGAAAAUGUAACAAGAAUGAACUGUAGGUCACUGAAACGCCCUGGACGAUCGGCGAACUUCUCUCAACUUUGUCCCAAUUCCUGCUCCAUAUCGUCCAAUUCGCUGCCGACAACGAUUUUCACGUUCAGAUUGGUAAUAUUUUGGGAUUUUUCAAAGUUUUUAAACUAUUAUAGUCCGUUUAUCGCGACUUGAAAGGGCGGGACUUCUCUGCGCCCUCCUUAUCUCUCGACGUCCCUCUCAUGUUUACGUGCUAUUUCCAUGUUUCUCUGACCUCGUCGGUGAGGGAACAGAGAGACGCAGACACGCGAAAACUGCCAAGUCGCGCCGAACGGACUAUAAAAGCUUCUUGAAAUCUGAAAGAGGAUUAUUAGAGACUUUUACUGAGAAAAGUUCAUGAAAAAUCGGAUUUUUUGUUUGGGGUCUUUUGUGGGAUUUUUCAAGGUUUUCUGGCCCUUAGAAGCUUCUAAAAAUAAAAAAGAGGAAAGUUAGAGCCCUUUACGGAAAAAAAGUAUAAGAAAAAUCGGCUUCAGUAUCGAAAGAAUUGAUUGAUUGAGUUGUUUCCUCAAAAUCUGUGUCAAUUUUGCGGCCGACAACGAUUUUCAUGACCAAAUUGGUAACAUUUUAAGAUUUUUAUGAGAUUUUUUUCAAGGUUUUUCUGACCCUUGAGCUCCUAAAAAAAUUAAGAAAAAAAGAAGAACUAGACACUUUUACGGAUAAAAAUAUACGAAAAAAACGGCUUCAGAACCAAAAAAAUUGAGCUUUUUCUUUCAAAAAUCUGUGCCAAUUUUGCUGCCAAUAACGAUUUUUCAUGUCCAAAUUAGUAAUUAUUGGCCCUACCUAAAAAAUGCAAUCUACCCCCUCCCCCUCUUAAAAAUGCAACCUACCCUCCCCCUUAAAAAGUGCAACCUACCCCCCCUUAAAAGUGCAACCUACUCCCCCUUAAAAAGUGCAACCUACUCCCCCUUAAAAAGUGCAACCUACCCCUCCCCCUCUUCCCGAAAAGUGCGGCCAACAACAUUCAGUCGAUUUUUUUAAAUUCAUUUUUUUGGACCUUUUAUCCAUUUAUUCUGUACGCCUUUCAAGGAAAAUGAACUUUUUCCAGGAGUUGACUGCGGCAGUGCAUUGGCCGUCGUGGCGAACACUGAACAGCCGCAUUAUGAACUUUUCGGCGAAACUAUUGAAAGAUCCAGGGUUCUGAUGCAGGUAAGAGUGUUCAAAGUACAGCGGAAAUGAAUUUUAAAAGAAAAAAUAUGUAAAAAAAAAUGAGUUAUUUAGACCGUUUUCAGAAGGUUUUGAGGCUUUUAUCAUAGAUUUUUUUUUCAGAAAUCAAAAAUGAUUUUUCCAGGCAGCCGGACACGACACGAUCCUUGUUUCGGAAGAAAUCUACCUCGCCCUGAGGCCGAGACCCCUUCGUUUCAGCCUCGAGUCUUUCAAGGUAACAUUUUUGAAAGAAGUUACGGAAGAUUGCUGUUUCUGGAGUUAAAUUUAUCUCGUUUGAUUAAUAUUCGACAGUUGGUAGCUCAAUUACGUGUGAUUUACAAACUUUCAAAGUAGUUUCCGCGAAUUUCAAAAUGGUCUCUGAUUCUCCGAAGUUUAGGUAUAUUUUUCUUUCUCUGACGACUAUUUUGCAUUCCGCGGAAUCACUUUGAACACGGCAUGAUUUUUAAGAUUUUUGAGCCCGUCGGCUGGAUCCCACCCCCCUUCCCCUCGAACAGAAAGCUUUAACCUGCACAAAUUCCUAACCUUUGAGAAAGUCCAAUAAAAAGUCAAAAAAACCUCAAAAUCCAUUAAAGUAGGCCUUUUUGGCUUCCCCUUGAAAAGAAAAGUGCGCCCCCCUCUUCCCCUUGAACUGUGCGGCCUAUACCAGUACAAUUUCAAAUUUUUUUUUUCGCGCGCAAAAGGCUAGGCUAGGAUCCAGCCGAUGUAUGUUUUUGAGCUAAAUCAAGGGGUUUUUUGCAAAUAUAGCUGUCAAAUAACUAUUUCGGAGCUUCCCAACGGCUUCAGCUCCUCUAAAAAUUGGAAUUUUCGAGCUUUUUUUUUCCUUUUUUCUCGAUUAGAGCAGUUUUAUGAGAAUUUUCGAGGGCUUCUUAUAAAACUAAGCUUUGCCCAUACGUCGGCUGGAUCCCACCCCAGGUUUCGGCCUGCCCCCCAAAAAAAGUGCGGCCUACUUCAGUACAUUUUCAAGUUUUUUUUCGCGCCAAUCGCUGUGUGGCUUCGCCAAUUGAUGAAAAAAAGAGGAUUCAAGAAUUCUACCUUUUUGAUUCAAGUAAAGGUUCUUUGAAUGGAUAAUAACUGUUUUGAAGCUUCUUUUCAGUUUGAGGUUGGGAAUUUCUCGAAAAAUAGCCAGAUUGCUUUUUGAUGUACCAAGAGCAGAUCCUGAACCUGCACAAAUUCCUAACCUUUGAGAAAGUCCAACAAAAAGUCAAAAAAAAACCUCAAAAUCCAUUAAAGUGGGCUUUGGGGCUUUGAGCCCUCAUUUAACAAAUUUCAGGAAGUUGUCCGGGUUGAGAUUCCUAGGAUCUCUCCCUGGUUCAUCAAGGAGUUCCUUGGCCAAUUUUCAAGAAAUUCCCACCGAAAACUUAACUGACCUCCCUUUUGAAAGGACUGACCUCAAACUUCAAAUUAUUAAAUUUAAAAAAAAACUUGGAUUUUUAGGUACUCCCCAACCUAAACGCCUACGAGCUGCUCACCGGCGCCCGGGCGACGACCGUCGAAGCGGCAUCGCCAGAACCGCCGACGAUGCCGCGCGAGGAGCAGCUCAAGCACACCCAGUACAUGAUCGACGCGCAGAUGGCCCAUUCCAGGCUCAUGUACGACACGCAGACCUCUGAGGUUGGUUUAGGGAUCCUUAGGACCUCCAGAAGUCCUUUGGAAGAAUUUUAGGAGCAGUAUAAGCUUCAGAUUUGGGCUUGACGAAAAUUUUGGCCUUGUUUUAAGAUUUUGAGCUUUUGCUAAGCUGGAAAGUCUAUAGUGAUUCAAAGUUUAUCCUAACCCCCUCCCAUUCAGUUCCGAAUUCACUUUUUGUUUCUUCUUAAGCGUUGAUUUUUUCUAAGCUUUAUCUUUACUUUUCUUCAGAUCGCCUCAUCGAUGGCUUCUUCCUUUUCUUCGGAACUCCGGUCGAUUGAUGGCGAUGCCGAGACGGAUAGUGAUAUUGGUGAGUUGACAACAAAAUUUUCUACUUCUUCCUCCAAAUAUUCACCUUAAACUCGAGAUAAUUGUAGAAUGGAUCACGCCGGAGACGGCGCUGAUGAACGAGACGGCUGCGCAGCGGUCGGCGAAGCGGUCGACGCGGAACAUCGAUUAUGACCCCUACAGGGAGCCCGGCGGUCGAGGCGGCUCUGAACACUACGAUAAUGCCACCCGAUGUUAUUCCGACUAUUCUGAGCCGGAAAGCAGGGCCGCUAGUCGCUCUUCUUGUGAGUGAAUUGGAAAACUUGAAAGGACGGAGCUUCUCUGCGCCCUCCUUAUCUCUCAUGUUUACGUGCUAUUCCCAUGUUUCUCUGACCUUGCCGGUGAGGGAUCAGAGAAACGCAGACACCCGAAAAAUGUCAAGUCUUAAAAUUUUUAGUCUCUGGCAGAAACAAGAAGAAGGAUUCGGAAACAUUAACCAGUUUUAAAUUCUUCCCUAGGUUAGGAGAUUUUCAAAUUUUGUUCAUUUCCAGAUACCAACUGACCCAAAACCUUCAAGUUUCAAAAAAAGCUUCUGAGAAAGUCCCCCAAAUUACUUAUUAUUUUUCUUUCCCCUCGAGAAUAUGAAAAUUGCAGACAAGCACCGCCGAUGGCAUCGUCCCUCGUCGAAGAACUCGUUGAGGCACGCCUUUGGGCUUUUCAGAAAGGUAUUUUUUUGCUCAGAGUCUAGAGAACUGAUCUCAGAAUCAUAGAUGGGCGGGUAGAGAAGUCAAUUUGUCCGAGAGGAGAUUCAGGCUUUUAAAAAUUGAGCGAAACACUUAAGAAAAUUGUUUCUAAGCUUAGGAGGUAGUGUUAGCAGCAAAAUUCACAAAUUUUAAUCUCGGGGGGUGGUAAUCGGGGCUGCACGAGAAUCGUCUCGAUUUUUCGAUUUUCGAGACUUUUAUUCUCCUCAUCGUCUUGAUAUUUCUUUGGGAAAAUUUUCUCGUCUCGGUCUCAAAAAAAUGACUUGCGACCCUGGUAGUAACGACUUCCAAUUCAAAGUACUCGGGAGAAAGUUCUGCCGGCCUUCAAAAAUUAUUUUACCCUGUAUGUCACUCCAGUAGAAGUUGGGAAGAUCUGCUUUUGGCUUCUCGGAAGUCGUUUGGAAGCUUUCCAGCAAGUGGUCGGACGUCAUCUUAGAAAAAAAGCCUGCCGGAAGCCUUCCAAAAGCUUUGCAUCAGGCUUCUGGAAUGCUUCUGGCAGGCAUUUUCCAUUAUUUCCUUCCGAACACCUUUCAAAGGCUUUCUCAAGAUCUUCUAACUUCCAUAAACCUUCCAACCCCCUUCUGGUUACCUUCCCCGGAUUUAUCCGAUUUUCGACCGUUUCAGGGCACCUCGGCCGACGGAGAAUCGACUGGAGACCCACGAGAACGUCUAGAAGCCGCGGCGACCCGAGUUGACCGCAUGAUUCAGGAACUCAACGCCUAUGGCGAUUUUGCCGACGUCAAGCCUUUGGAGUGGGUUUUUUGAGGAAUUUUACAAGGAACUAUCCUUCAACUUCUCCCUUUUCAGAUACCAACCGUUCCCGACGGCCUUCGGUUCGGUGAAAUCGAUCCACCGAGCGAUGUCGUCGGCCUGCCACACCGAGUACGACAACGCCGAGUCCGAAGCCGCCCUCUCCGACGCCGAGUCCAACGGCAACCAUAAGAAUUCAAAGUAACAUCGGAACUCUUUGAAUAGUUUCCAACAAGAAUCGCCUGCAGACCCCGCGACAAGAAGCGACAGCGACAUCGUCGGUGGCGACGCGAUGCCGCCGACGCCGACAGCGAGUCCCAAUGCAGCAGUCAUGCCGGAAGUAUGGAUCUCGAGCCGUUGAGGUGACUUUUCUGACGGAAUUCUGACUACGAAGGUUGAGACUUUUCUGGGGUCAGAUUACUCCUUCCUAGAUGAAGAUGGGCUUAAGCUGUGAAACAUGCUUUUUUCUGAGAAAUGCCUCGAAAUAGACCCUUUUGGAAUUCUUGAACCAGUUGUUUUGAUUACGAAGAGGUUGGGACUUCUAGAAACUUUUUUUUAGAGCGAUAUAGUGCGAAACUUUUGCGAUGUCGCGCCGAGAGGCGAGCGAUACUGCGAUAUAGUCCCUAAUAUUAGAUUUUUAUUUCUUUGAUCACUCUGUCCAAAGCUUCAAUGAAGUAGCAAGGUGCCGCAGUAUCGCUCGCCUCUCGGCGCGACAUCGCGAAAGUCUCGCGCUAUAUCGCUUUCAUAAAAGUCAAAAAGAAAAGGAGAGAAAUGGUCCUUCUACUUGAACUUUCUUGCCAGUUAUCAAAAUUUGACUUCAAAGUGUCCUGAUAGAAAGUCUCGGCGCGACAUCGCGAAAGUCUCGCACUAUAUCGCUUUCGUGAACUUGAUUCAUUCCAGGAUAAAAGUCAAAUAGAAAAGCUUGACGUUACUUUUAGUGUCAGUACUGAAAUUGCAAGAUGUUCAGAUGGAAGUCGACGCAUUCGAUCGGCUACGAGAACGAGUACGAGAUGCGGAGCGACAGCGAAGGUCUGGCCAUCGACGAAAUGCGAGCCCUUUCCCGGGACAUCCGCAACAAUUUCGGCGACUUCCAGCUGUCCACCUUUGAUGAUAUCGAUCAGGAUUAA